AUGGAAAGUCUUGUUUGGGACAGGCAUGGUGAAGAAGAUGAGGAGACACUGAAGAACCCUGCAUAUCCAGAUUCAAAUUCAGAUAUCAGUGUGUUUCCACCAUGGAAUUUAAGGUCAGGAGUAGUUCUUACCAGCUGGGGACAAGAAAUUCAUCCAAACAAUGCCUUAAUCCUCGACCCUGGAAUCUCAAACUGCUUCUCCCCACCCCUGAUUGAUGAUGGAAUUUCCAGGUUCUUCUCAGACAGCAAAAGCCCCUGGAAUUUCCUCGAACCUGUCCCUGUCCCUGUCCCCGUCCCUGUUCCAUCCAUGUCGUCGCUGUCAGGUAACCCGAAGAAUACCCUGGAAACGGCUAGAACACCAUCACAUACACCAGGGAAUCAAGAUUUUCAAGGGCCAAAAAACUAUACAGCCACAGGCUGUCAUCCAGGAAUCCAUCCAAUUCCCAAAAAGCCGAGAUUGGACAACCACAUCAUUCCAUCACCAAACGUCGAUUUCCAGUCCAAUCCUGAAACACAAACAAAUUCACAAUCAAAAGAGAUGAUAUACAGGGCAGCUGUUUUCAGGCCAGUGAAUUUUACCAUAGGGUCUGAGGAGAAACCAAGGAGGAAGAAUGUCAGGAUAUCAAAUGACCCUCAGACGGUGGCUGCCAGGCAGAGGAGAGAGAGGAUAAGCGAGAGAAUUCGGGUCCUGCAGAGAUUAGUCCCUGGAGGAAGCAAAAUGGACAUGGCCUCGAUGCUGGAUGAGGCUGCCAAUUACCUGAAGUUCCUCAGAGCGCAGGCCGAGGCACUCGAAGACAUCAGCCACAAGAUGAAUGAUCAAACAGUGACUGAUCUCCCUGGAAAUGUUAACCUGUCAUUUUCACCAUUCGGUACAUUUGCCAUCCAAAAUCAAAGUCCAGUUAACAUGUCCUAGAGUUGAAUAAAAAUUUCAUAUUAAGCA